UGGGAUGUUAAGACAGGAUAUUAAAAAGCCAAAUUAGAUGGUCAUUCUGAUACAGUUAAUUCAAUUUGUUACUCUCCUGAUGGUACUACAUUAGCAUCUGGUCGUAGAGAUAACUCUAUCCGUUUAUGGGAUGUUAAGACAGGAUAAUAAAAAGCCAAAUUAGAUGGCCAUUCAUCAACAGUUUAUUCAGUCAAUUUCUCACCUGAUGGAAAUACAUUAGCUUCUGGUAGCGAUGAUAACUCUAUCCGUUUAUGGGAUGUAAAAUCAUCAAAGGAAAUACAUCAAUCAGAUAGUAGCUAUAAAGGUUUGCUUGCCUAGUUUAACAUACCACUUCAGAAUAGCUUCUUAUUGCCAAAUGGUAUUUAUUAUUAAUUAUUAUUUAGUUAAUCCUGAUCUUACAAUACUUAGAAUAUGUUAGAAUCCUUUAUUUGAAGCAUCAGGAACACUUAUCCUAUAAGGAUAGUUCAUUAAUCAUUAAGGGAAAGAUUUAAAACCAUUGUUUAUAUCCAAAGGAAGUUUCUUUUUAGAAGACUUAAAGCAAAACUGAAUUUGAAUAUUCAUUACAAACAAUACAAUUACAAUUUUAAUAACUUUUGUUUUUUUGUUUAAAUUUUUUGAUCUUCAUUUCUUAAGAUAAAUAAUUACAUGUUUUUAAGCAAGUGAUUACACCAUUUUAAUUUAAUAUUAUUAAAAUAUAGAGCAUAUCUUGA